GGUGGUUUCCACCAAACCCAUCAUAUCUUCGCACAAAUCCAUAACCCACCAAUUCAAAAUUAUCAACCUACAUCUUACAAUGUCGCCUUAUGUUGAGACUACAGCGUAUAUCGUCCCCUUGAUGGACUUCGAAAGGAGUCUAGUCAUGGAAGUCCAGGCAUACGUUGGUAAAGAAAGGACCAUAAACCAGAGCAGUGACUUGAGGUCUUUUGAGAUCUGGAAAUGGAGUCAGCUCUUGCAAGACCUCUUGAGACAUUACCUUGACACCGAAGAGGAUGUUUUACGUUUUGAGGCUGGCGGUAGCCGUUCUCGGGCAUAUGAAGCAUGUUUCUUUGGGCUUGAGAAUGACGGCCACUUUGCAAAGCAUCGUGCUCGAAUGAUGCAAAUUCGAAACGCGAACUUCACCUUUGUCGAUGACUUGGCUGAGAAGCCGUCUUUAUCAAUCAGAGCAGUCCCUGAUCCGAAUGAUCAAGAAUAUUGGAGGACUUUGAACAGUAUCGUUGACGAAUUCGGCCGGCCCUGGGAUACUCCCGAUGAACUUGAUCGCCACCGCGGAAAGUUUGACAUCUUCUCUUUGAUCCGCAUAUAUUUCCUUCAUAGUCUGUCACCUCUCAGUGCUACUAUGAUUAGUGAUAGUGUCACCAACCACGAUGUCUUUCUUGAACACUAUACUGUUAGUCCUAACCAGAAGACCGGCCAUGGCGAUAAAUUCCAGGCUCAAAAUGCUUUCAUUCACCGAAUAAUCAAGAAAGCUAAAAAGCCUGCAAACAUACUCUCAGAUGAAGAGCUCAUUGCGCGUAUCUUGAAUCCCACUGAGAAGGAAGCCCAGGCGAGCAAACACAUAGUACUUAGUACCCUAUGCAUUGCGCCUGCGAGUUAAAUGUCUGAUUAUUAUGUAGGGCGCUAUGCUUUCUCUUGUUGCUGCGAACAAGCAAUACCCUGAUCCGAGAACGUAUCUGAGCUAUAUCCUAUGGGAGGAUUUGAAUCACAUAUCCAAGACAAGUCUGGAAGACGUCCUUCAUGGACCUGACAGGUAUCCAAUUAAUGAACAAGUCAUUGUUGGAUGGGUGACUUGGAAGCCACCUCGUGAUGGAUUCGCUUGUAAUCACCACCUAAAUGUUGAGGAUGAGACUUUUGCAUACACAUUGAGGACUGGUUGGAAUCUUCCUGGCCACAGUGUUAGCGGCAAAAUAGUCUUCUCGUUGACUCGACUCGAACAUAGCAAGCUUCUCUCAGAGCUGGAUAGGUACUGGUCUACCUGGGUAAGCCAAAGUCUUGACUAGCCUGUU